AUGAAGCCCGCUACGAAACUUAUGGGGCAGCCCAUCGGAGCGUGUGAUGUCACGGGGUUUGUCCGCAAAGGUGGAUUUGGUGAAACAAAACCAGAAAUCAAGACCCCUCUCAGCACAAUGAAAGCCACAUCCCCGAGUCCGUGCAGCGGGAAAGAGCCAUUUACAUGGACAACAACGAGGCUGGAGUGCAUUGGUCCCCCUCGGGAGAAAAGAGCCACUCGCAGUCCUAAGUUGGCCCUCAGUGCUACACAGAUCCGUGGUUUUCUUUGGCCCUGGACGGGCUCAUCCCGGUUUCAACCCUGGCUAUUUGUGAAGCACCUAAGCCCAUCCCUGCUCGAGGCAUCGUUCAUCCGUGGCAAAUUUCCCCCUAUGGCUGAGGAGCCUCUGGCCCUUCGCAGUGAUUCAAAUGCCCGCGCUUAUGUCGUCACUCUGUCCGGACGAUCUGGCUGUUAUCAACACAACGCGGCGCAUCUAGCUCAACAAUCUCUUCAAGUAUCCAGGCCAGGUCUAGCGCCGUUAUCACUGAAGCAAGACCCAGUUUCGCCUUCGCAGACUACUGCUUCGCUUUCAAGCAAUUAUCUUCCCGGCAUCUUGCACUCCCACGACUCGUACGGGCCGCCAGUCCAAGAAGCGCCCUUUUAUACCUAUACAGCCGCAACUGCCCCCGCGCAGUACUCUUCUAGUGGUUGUAUUCCACGCGUGCCGGAGCGUCUUACAUGGGGCUGGCUGACGCCUGAAUACUACGGACUGCCGGCUGAUCUGUGA